GAGUGAAGAGAACAAAACAAUUCUAUAGCUCGCAAGAGGGUUCAUAUUUCACUAUGCUUCGUCCACUUAACACGCUUCGCCUAAUCCAACGGUAUUUUCCCCCCCGUAACUAAUCUAAUCAGUGAAACGGUGCGUAAAGUUAGCUGACAUUUCUGUAAUGACAUACCAAAGACAUCAAGGGCUCUUGAAGACGAAUCGGUGAAGUGAAAAGUAACUACCUCAACGCUUUUUACACAUGCAACAGGUGUACCGUAUAGGUACAUAGGUACAAGCGAAGUGCCAACGAGAAGUGUCAAAGGUUCAGGUUACAUACGUAUCACAAAUCAUUGCAGUGGCGCAGUGUCUCGAGUGAGCUAGCAUGCUGCAGCUUAAAGUGCCUUACAAAUUCCGAUGAACGCAUCUUUGUUUUGAGCGAAUUGCAUCGUGUGGUUGAAAGAGUCAACCGAACCGUGUAGUUGGAGCCCACGAUCAUGAGCACACGAUCCUGAGCAAUCAGAGCACGUACGAAAGCGCGAAAGUGUUCGAGCCGAGCAGAGAGGGCACAGCAUUGCCGCGCACAUGAAGCGCGACGAGGAACGUGCGCGCAAGAUGUGGAGGGACAUUGGUGUUGCCGCGAUGCAACACGGUCCGAACACUCUCCAUCAUCAUCAGCCGACACCGAUGUACGGCGGUCCCGGCAACGGUACGGCCUCAACUCUACCCAGUAAUCCGCACUGGAAUCAACCGGGAUACCGGAAUUCCUACAGUCUGCCUCAUCCCACAUCCCAGAACGGUGCGAGUGAACGGAAUGGUGGUGGCAGAGGCGUGGACGGUGGCGGUAACCGCUAUCAACACUACGACGUGAAGCCCCUCUCGCAGGCGCCCUCCUUUCCGGAGAUCUCGAGUGCCAGCUACAAUGGCAAUGGGUACCAUCAUCCGCACCACAACCAUCAUUCCCAUCAUCUCCACCAGCAGCAGCAGCCCCAUCAUCCGGCGGGCCAUCAUGGGCUGAAGCCUCCGCGUCCCCUAUCGAUGUACGAGCUGAGCAACGGGCAUCACAACGGUGGCAGCAGUAGUCCGCAGUUGCACUCGCUACCACCGAACUUUGUGCCACACCAAACGCGUAACGGCAGCGGACGGUCGCCACCUCCGCUGGUGAUCCACGGCAACAACAAUCAGCAUGGUAUGGGACCGCGAUCACCUGUAGGUCACGCUGGUGAAGGCGUCGGUGGAGGUCGUGCUCUUUUACAGCAACCGGAAGAACUGAAAGUCGACCCGGAGCUUAUCUUCACAAAACAGGAGCGUAUCGGUAAAGGAUCCUUCGGUGAAGUAUUUAAGGGUGUUGACAACCGAACACAACAGGUGGUCGCAAUCAAGAUCAUUGAUCUCGAAGAAGCUGAAGAUGAAAUCGAGGACAUUCAGCAGGAAAUUAUGGUGCUAUCACAAUGUGACUCGCCGUUUGUCACCAAAUACUUCGGAUCAUAUCUUAAGGGCACCAAGCUAUGGAUCAUCAUGGAAUAUCUUGGAGGUGGAUCCGCCCUAGACCUUAUGAAAGCGGGCCUCUUCGAAGAGAUGCACAUCGCCAUCAUAUUGCGUGAAGUACUGAAAGGUCUGGACUACCUGCAUUCCGAGCGCAAACUACACAGAGACAUCAAGGCGGCGAACGUGCUGUUGAGCGAGCUGGGCGACGUAAAGCUGGCUGACUUUGGCGUUGCUGGACAACUCACUAAUACCACUUCCAAACGCAAUACCUUCGUCGGCACACCCUUCUGGAUGGCACCGGAAGUGAUAAAGCAGUCCAUGUACGAUUCCAAAGCCGACAUCUGGUCGCUAGGUAUAACCGCAAUCGAGCUGGCGAAGGGGGAACCACCCAACUCCGAGCUACAUCCGAUGCGGGUAUUGUUUCUCAUCCCGAAGAAUAAUCCACCUCAGCUAACCGGUAGCUAUACGAAGCCAUUCAAAGAUUUUGUCGAAGCGUGCCUAAAUAAAGAUCCAGAAAAUAGACCAACGGCGAAGGAGCUGCUAAAGUUUCCUUUCAUUAAGAAGGCGAAGAAAAAUUCAUACCUAAUCGAUUUAAUCGAUCGGUACAAAAAAUGGAAGUCUCAAAAAGGCGAAGAAAGCGAAACGGAAUCAGAAAACUCGGAUUCUGAGGAUUCAAAACAGGAUAGUGAUCUCGAUGAACCGUGGAUAAUGACGGUGAAGGGAUUGAAUUUUAAUAACUUUAAUAAAAAUGUGAUGGAAGACCCGCUUGGUUCACCGGUAAAACACAAUGGUACUAGCAACGUCGGCGGAGUCAGCUCGAACCGUGAUAGGGAUUACAAUUUGAAUCAGCAUAAAACAAGUCAGCCACGAACGUCCUCAUCGCCAUCGCAUCAGUCAUCUUCGACACUGAUUGCAGCCAACAAUGCCACCAACAACAGUAACACCAGCCCAAUAAUAGUGGAUUCGCGUAAGGAGCGCGAGUUGCAAAAUCAAAUCUCUGCUCUGCAGCUGCAAAAGGAGAAGGAAGCGAGCUUAGAACGGCAACAGCGGGAUCACCGGAUGGAGCGUGAUUCAGAAUGGGAAAAGGAUCGUGAGAAGGAACGGGAACGAGAGCGGGAUCGUGAGCGGGAACGGGACCGCGAACGGGAACGCGAUCGCGAGCGGGAGCGUGACCGUGAACGGGAUCGGGAUCAUCGCGAGCGAAUAGAUCGCGACCAUCGAGAAAAGGAUCGGGAAAACAAAGAGCGAAAAAUCGUCGCCUCCGACAGCCUAGGCGGAACGGGCAAUGAAAACGAGAAACGCAGCAGCAGUUUGCGACGCGAACGGGAUUCGCCGAGCCACAACAAUACCGGCAGCAAUGGCAACUCGCGCACCAACAGUAUUACGAAUGUAAAUAAUAACUCCAGCAAAAGCUCGAGUCGAACGUCGGCGACGACGACAUCGACAAACAGUGGAUGCCUUAAGGCAAUUAUUUUCCCCCUUCUAUCUGAGAUGCAGCGAAAUUACAACAGCGGCUCCGAUAUGGGAGACCUACGGCUAGCCUUCGAGAGUGCCGAACGGAGUAGUCCGGGCGUGAGUGAUCUGUUUGUGAAGGAAAUCAUCCACAAGCUCGUGCCCGGUUUCUCUGAGACGCGAAUCAAUACGCUUAUAGACAAAGUGACACGUGAACCCAGGAUAAAGCGAUAAACUAGUAGCCCGUAACUGUUUUUCUUUUGUUCGUAUCUCAAAGAGGGAAAUUAAGCUCAAUCGUUGAUGCUGUUUCUUGUGGCAGCUAUAUAACAUUAUAUUCAUGUGUUGUAAAUCAAAUAAAAUCCAUUAGGAGGCAAGUCAUAGUCGCAUGAACUAACCCAGUUCAAAGCGUGCCGUUUAAUCAGUGUAAUAUUUCUUGUGUUCCCGUCUUGUUCACAAGAUUCUUCCGGGAUUGUACGAAGAGUGUGUAGACGUUUGAGUUAAUUUUGUUUUGCUUUUAUUUUGUUUUGUUAAGAAUUUAACGGCUACUACCACCCUACCAUAACAAUUUCAAUUGUGCGUGGCCCAUAACAAAGGUUCAAAGGUUGGACGACGAUUUAACGUGUCCGUUUUUUUUGUUUUCGUUACAAUUAUUUGCACUGUCGGUGCAUAGUAUGAUACAACGUUAAUAAGAAAGAUUGAACAACAUGUAAUAAGAGUAAAUGGAAAGGAUAACGACGUACUGAAGGUGUGAAAUGAUUAGAAUAUUUAAGUGACAAUUCUAAAGCUAUGUUACGGUGUAUCCCCAAUAAAAAGUAUGAAACCCAUCAAUUCGCAGUUUAUACGGGUGUGUGUUGUGUAGCUUGCUGAAACUGUAAACAUCAAACACGGAGAGUGUAGGGGUUGAGCUCUAUGUUUAACAGAACGUCGUGAGGUGGUCACAAUGAAAAAAUCACAACAGUGCGGUGGUUUAUGACAAUAUUAACUGUUUUUUGCUAAUUAGAAAGUAAGAACACAACUCACAUGAGCUGAUGAAAGAAAUGUCGUAGAACCACUAACAUGAUUCGAUCGAUGGUCCCACAAAAUAAUCGUGUAUAAAAACGUGUUCCCUUACAGUAAAUUUCAAACGCAAUCAUUCGAGAAUAACGACACAGUAUCACUAGCUAUUUCAGUCGCACAUAAUUUGCUAAACUAUUUUGAAUAUUUAUACUGACUUAAUUUCAAGCACCACUGAGUAAAACGAUUUUGUUAUUUAGUUUUUGUUGUACGUAUUAUUGUUUGAGCACUGUAUAUGCAAUGUAUAUUUCUUUAAUAUGUAAAUUUACCAGCUGUCGAUUGUUUAAUUGAAUAGAAUUAGUUGUGUUUCAGUUAUCAACAUCAAUCAAUUGUGUACAUUUGUGUUUGAUAUUGUUGUAUUAUAUUAUGUGAUAAGCUAACAAAAAACAGCAACAUUGUUACCAUUCGAACCUGAGAUUGAAACUCAUCUUUACAUAUUUGGCGAAUGGAUUGUAAAACCUGGCACAGUGGUAUGAAUCUUUCCAGAAUCUAGAUCAAAACGAACCAAUUCUAGUUGCUCUACUAUUUUGGUAAUAUUAUACGGUACCAACAGGCGUGAUUGUUUUGGAGUAGCUUUUUGAAAUACUAUCAUCUAAUUCCCAAACUAUCCAACCUUUACAAAGAAUGGUUUCAACCUGUACACUUGAAUGUUUUCGAUACUUUACUACUUUUCAUCUUUU